AUGACGGGAGUGUACGGACUGAUGACAGGACUGUACGGGCUGAUGGUUGGGGAGGGCGACGGCGAAAGGAUCGGGGAGGGCGAUGGGGAGAAGACGGGCGACGGGGAGGGGGAGGGCAAGGGGCUCGGUGUCGGCCAGGGCAGCGGGUUUGUGUGGGAUGGGCGUGGCCACAUCGCCACCAACUUCCACGUCAUACGCGGGGCCUCCGAGGUGCGGGUGUCGCUCAUAGACCAGUCCACGUGGCCCGCCAAGAUCAUCGGGGUGAGGGCCCCCAGCGGCCCUGCCCCUCGCAGCCUGUCGCUGUCGCGGAGGGUUCUGGUGCUGCGGGACAGGCUGUAG